AAAGUAACCACAGUGUUUUGUGAGCAGUGUUGCAUUGUGGGACAGAUGAUUGACGCGGCGGCCAUUUUCCCGCUGGACGCUGCUUCCCAUUGUGGAUACGAAGAAGAAAAUAGAGACAAGCGAAACAUUUCUCACGACUUCUGGUCACUUUUCCCCUAGCUGAUCUUCAGUAGCCAUGGCCCGUACCAAGCAGACUGCCCGUAAGUCCACUGGAGGCAAAGCCCCACGUAAGCAGCUGGCCACAAAGGCUGCUCGCAAGAGCGCCCCUUCCACUGGUGGUGUCAAGAAGCCCCAUCGUUACAGGCCCGGUACUGUGGCUCUGCGUGAGAUCCGUCGUUAUCAGAAGUCCACCGAGCUGCUGAUCCGCAAGCUGCCCUUCCAGCGCCUGGUCCGAGAAAUCGCUCAGGACUUCAAGACCGACCUGCGUUUCCAGAGUGCAGCCAUCGGAGCUCUGCAGGUCAGCAGGCGGCCAAGGCCCAAAAAUUUUUCGGUGAGCUCUGCAGGGUCAGCACUGAAUCAGAACCGCACUCUAAGAAGAGGCAGCGAGGCUUACCUGGUGGGGUCUGUUCGAGGACACGCAACCCUGUGGCGCCAUCCACGGCAAAGGUGUCACCAUCAUGGGCCCAAAGACAUCCAGCUGGCACGUCGCAUCCGCGGGGAGCGUGCUUAA